AUGAAGAACAUGCUCAAAACAACCUGGCAACACCCCCGGCACUGGUACUGGCACCUCCUGGAUUAUGUGAUUGUCUGGCAAAAGGACAGAUGGGAUGUUCUCACCACCAGAGCCAUGCGCGGAGCAGAGUGCUGGACCGACCAUCUCAUGGUGAGGUCCAAGCUCCUCAUGAACAUUCAACCCUGUCGCCCUAGGACAGCCCAAACCAAGAAACUAAACUGUACAGCACUGAACAGCCCCACCACCAAAGACAACCUUCGACGGCUCCUUGCAAAAAACCUUGACCAGAUCCCUGAAGAAUCCACUGACUGGCCAGCCCUGCGUCAUGCCAUCCAUAGCGCAGCUUCAACGGCCCUUGGCCAUUUGAGGAAACGCCAUCAGGACUGGUUCGAUUGCAACUCAGCCGAAAUACAGCUACUCCUACAAACCAAACACCAAGCACAUAAAGCCCUCCUGUCCUGCCCUGGAUCUUCUUCCCUGAAAGCCACCUUUGCUGCCACCAGAUCGGCAACUCUCUGCACCCUCCGGACCAUGGAAGAUGCCUGGUGGGUGCAGAAGCCUUCUUACACGCCGGCUGCACCUCUUGAUUUCACACAUGUGGGAAAAUGAGACCCUCCCACAAGACUGGAAGGAUGCCAACAUUGUGGUCAUCUAUAAGAACAAAGGUGACAAAGCAGUCUGUGGGAACAGCCAUGGAAUCUCCCUCCUCUCCAUCGCAGGGAAAGUAUUGUCUAAGAUCAUGCUCAAGAGACUGGUGGAGCACAUCUCGGAGGCUGCCCUCCUGGAGACACAAUGUGGCUUCUGGAAGACUAGAUCCACCACCGACAUGGUCUUUGUCUUAAGGCAGCUACUGGAGAAGAGCAGAGAGCAGUGCAAAGACCUCUAUAUAGCCUUCAUCGACCUCAGCAAAGCUUUUGACACCGUAAGUCGUGAGCUGCUCUGGAAACAACUCUCUAAACUCGGGGUACCAUCCAAGUUCCUCUCCGUCCUACAGCAACUGUAUGACGGGAUGCAAGCCAGAGUCUUCACCGGAGAACUCCAGUCAGAGUUCUUCAGAGUAAACGUUGAGGUGAAGCAAGGCUGUGUCUUAGCACCGGUACUUUUUAAUCUCCUCCUUUUUGCUAUCACCUGCCUCUUCCAUCGCGCCCUGGAUCACAAUGACGGUGUUCACCUUCAAUACCGUCUUGACGGAAGUCUCUUCAACACCCGCCGUCUCCACGCGGAUGACUGCGCAGUCCUGGCACACAGCCCAGAGUCCACGCAGUAUGCCCUCAACACAAUCAUGUCCCAACUCACUACCCAACCUGCCUCACCCCACAGCUUUCAUAUAAAUGGUGUCCCUCUCAAAACAAUUGAUCACUUCACUUACCUCGGCUCCACACUGUCCUCCCACUGCUCCCUUGACAUAGACAUACACACCCGCAUCAAUAAAGCUUCAUCCGCCUUUGGACGGCUCCGCAGCUGGGUUUUCGAAAACCACAAUCUGAAGGUCAGCACCAAGGUUGCUGUCUACAACGCAGUAUGUGUCUUCACUUUGCUCUACGGGGCAGAAACAUGGACUCCGUACAGAUCGCACAUCUCAAACUUGGAGGCCUUCCAUAUCCGCUGCCUCCAGAAGAUCCUUGGCCUGUCCUGGGUAGAUAGAGUCCCUUACACCGAGAUCCUGGAGAAAACGAAUUCCAGCUGUAUGUAAGCAGCUGUAGCCAAAAGACACCUACGCUGGAUCGGACACACCAUCCGCCUGCCUGAACACCACCUGCCCCGACAAAUCCUCUACGGACAACGACACGAUGCUAAGCGUGCUGCUGGUGGUCAAAAGAGGCGUUACAAGGACUACACCAAGGAGCUUCUGAAACACACUGCCAUCAACCCCAUGCAGCUUGAAACUCUGGCACUUGAUCCCAUAGCUUGGCGAGACACCUGUGCCAGAGCAAUCUCACGAAUAAACGACAGCAACCAGCAAAGGAGGUCUGAGAGAUGUGCCCAGCGACACCAGAGGACGGCCAGCAUCCGACCAAUGUCCGGGAUCCCCUGCCCUAUCUGCGGACGGAUGUGCACCUCACACAUCGGCCUUGACAGUCACAUCAAGUGGCACCAGCAGCAACAUCGCUGA